CACAUUCACCGUUGCGAGACCCGUAACGUAACCGGUGUGACGGUGUCUAGCUUAUCGUUUGUUUCUUUGUUUAUAGUGAAUUUCUGCAAGUGCGUGAUCAUUAUAGUAUCUUGAAUUCAGUAAGAAUUGCCGUGACGUGAAAUACCAAAGACUUCGUAAUAUGGACAGAAGAUACUAUAGUCGAAUCGUUAUCUGGGGUACUACGAUCAACGAAAGCUUUGAUUAAUGUGAUGGGUGUGACAACUUAGCUGUUCUCCUGCCAUUGAAUGUUACUGUACCACCAACGAAGGAUUUUGGAGAGAGAGCGAGAGAGAGAGAGAGAGAGAGAGAGAGAGAGAGGAUGAACGUCAUCGGAUUGGCGUCCAUGCAACCCUCGUGACCAAUAGAUGUGGUCGGAUUGGCAGAUAUGAAGUUACAGGGAAGGGCGUUGGGUUGGUUGUCCAUUUCGUCUGACGAAGAAGAGUACUUUAUCUCCUGUUCAGAAAAUUUAGAAAUAAAGGCUGUCCAUCUCUACGGUGCAGGAUGAUCUCCUCGCUGCCUCCCCCGUGCCGGUGAACGAGGAUGAAGUCAAAGUAUAGGUCGUAUCACCCGACAGUCGUCCCCAUCCCAAACUGCAGCUCUAUUCUUAGCAAACACUUCUAAUGAGCCCUAAUGACCAGGCGUCCUCUGUUGCCAUGACAACGUCCACAUAGUUAAACGUUGACGGCCGAAUGAGCGUCGCGGUUACCAUGGCAACACUACCUAAACGUUGUUACCGCUGGAGGGGCGGCGGGAGGGCCCUUCCGAAGCAUUUCCCCCAAAAUGUAUAGUCGCGCCCGGACGAAAGGAGCGAAAGGGACGCCGCUGUGGUCCUAUUCAUUUUACGAGUGGGUUUGAAAUCCACUCGACCAUCCGCAGUUGAGUCAUCGCUGUUAUGUCGGUGCCAUUACUACCAGUGGCGGCGACAUCAUCCGUGGUGACGUCAUACCUCGUGAGUCAUUUGAUUGGUCGAAAUGGCUGGGUUGCCCCUCCUCCCAGGUUACUCCUUGUAUGACCCGACGGCUCUGCAGAAGCCCAUCCGCCAGAGUCUGGGAUGGAAGAAAGGCGUGCCUCUGGUCCAGGCUUCCCACGUGUCGCUCUUGUCAGAAGAAGACCACGAUGAUCUUAUCAGACAGGAGAGGAAACUCCAGUUUGCGGAUAAGGGGCGCCGUUCUAGAACACCGCCGAAAUUCCUUCCCGAGUGGGCGGUAUUAGAGAAGAAGGUUCUUCGAUUCAGUGGAUACUUCACAGAGCACAUCGAUGGCGGUCCACAAGUGUAUCGGAUCCGUCCCGUUGUCAUCUGUUAUUACCUGCUCGAUGACGCCAUCAUGGUUAUAGAGCCUAAAACACCUAACUCCGGACUAGAGCAGGGCCGAUUGCUGAGCCGCCAGAGAGUGCCACAUCCAGAUGGCGGCUUCUGGCAUUGGACACAACUCAACCUGGGCAUGACGCUGUCCCUCUACGGCAGGAAAUUCGUCGUGUGCGACUGUGACCCUUUCACGAAGGAAUAUCUUGUGAGCGAGGGGACUGAGCUGAACAACCCUCUCCCAAUACCACAGGACCCCUACAACCUUCUCAGGAGAUCGAGAGCUGAAUCGCCCUCCAGGGGCUCAGAUUUGCGACCCAGGUCUGCUCCCUUGGCUCCCCCGAGUCUUCGGGGUGUUGUUCUCAAAUUUGAUACCUUAGUGGAAGGCGUCGACUGCGGACAGCCAGCAGUGAGCCCAGCGGUCUUACUUUACAGACCUGAAGAUCUGACAAUCGAGCUUCGUCAGCCGUCGUACUUCGACCACACGGAAAUCAAGAAGUUCAGUCCGGUGAUCCUGCGAGCGCUGAAGGUCCCGCUCAGUGACACAAGGAAGAGUGGCUUUGUCGACAUAGGAGAAGAGAGUGAAGUGGGAGACUGGAUCAUGCCCCGCCAUUUAAUUCCUCCAGCAAACGUAAAUAUCUUUGGAAGGAGAGUCAUGGUCGUUGGCUGCGAUGAUUACACAAGCCAGUUCCUCAAAGACUUUUAUGGGGUGGAACAUUCCCCUCCCAUGAAGAAUGUCGAAACGAGGAAGCCUGAUGAGUCUGGUUCAAGUGGCAAAACUCAGUCGGACAUCGUACCACGACCCAAGAUCCGCCGAGGCCUCCUCAAUGCCAAAGAUGCCGCCAUCCUUCGCUUCUCAGCAAAGUUGGAUUCACCAGAUGGAGAGGAGAAUGAUCGCAAUUUCAUACUUACCUACCACCUCAUUGAUGAUACGUUUGAGAUAACAGAGCUGCCCAAACCAGGAGGACUUGGAGGACGCAUACUGUCUCGAAGUCAUGUUCCAAAGCCACCACCAUCAGAAAAUGAAAAGGGUGCUGGGAAGUAUGCUGUCAGGGAUAUCUAUAAUCUCGAUGAUUUCUACAUAGGUUCCAAGCUGGAUGUAUGGGGACGCCACUACAUUAUCACUGGGGCUGAUCGAUAUGUCCUGAAUUACGUCAGAGAGCAUGAGAAUGAGGUUUCGCCUAAACUUUAUUCAUCUCUCGCUAAUUUCUUUGGCCAGGUAGAAAGUAUAGAUCAAGAGCAACAGAAAGAGGAGACUGCUUGUGGAGAAGUGGAGUGAAUAACAAUAUAUAGGGUUUGUGGAACCUCUUGGGAAUGAUGUUGAAUCUUUGCAAGAAGUCAAUAAAAUACAGCACUGUAUAUGACCACUAGGCAACGUAAAAACUCCAUACAAACAAAUGAGGCAAGAAAGUGAAACUGUGGAGUGCAAAUCAUUCGUCAUUACUCCAAAUAAUUUGCAAACAGGUUUGCUAGAGGAUGCCUGAGAAUAAAGGCAGAAGACCUUACACUCUUUUUUUUUCACUUUAACCCAUAUUCUCUGUUCAUGUUUUGUAAAAUGUUUUAAUACUGAUGUUAAUGAGCUUUAUAGUAACCAGAUAAUCAAGGUACAACAAAAUGGUAAAGUACCAUUUUGACAUAUUUCAGAAGUAAAUGAAAAGAAAAUUUGGUACUCUUGCUUAAUGUAACAGAUCAGUCAGUUGUCCUAUGAUGUCAAGCGAUUACAGGUGCAAAAAAAACAAUGA